AUGAUUGAAGUAACCAAUAAGCAUCAAUAUAAUGUUCAACAUCCAUCAAUUGUAAUCGAUGAGAUCCAAAAUUUUGUUGAAGCAUGCUGGAUAUCAGCUCCAGAAGCUGUUGGGAGAAUUCUAGAAUUUAAUAUAAACAGAAUAAAUCCAGCUGUUACAUGUUUACAGGUACAUCUACAUAACCAACAAAGAAUUAAUUUCGAUAAAGAUGAUAAUUUAGAAGAAGAUCCAGAUGCGAGAGAACUACUUUAUGCUGAUUUUCCUUUGCACUACACAUGGAAUAAGGCAACUAAGACAUAG